AAGGUCAUGGCCACUCCUAAAACGGAGCUUCGUUGUCGAUUUCAUACCCAGGCCAAGCGGUAUCAUUAUUUCUCCAUUUGAAACGAGACGAAUAUACGGAACAGAACACUGAACAAAAUCAAGACUAAACCAGACUCCAGAACGAUACCUAAAACUCAUUUCUAAACUAAAUAUGUCAGAAAAGGGAGACAUUAUUAACUUAACGUUAAACCGUGAUAGCAACACAUUUGUCCGAGUUCAUCCCCAUGGAGCAACUGUCAUAGCAUGGCAAUGGAAAGGCAAAGAGUUGCUAUUUGUAAGCAAGCAGGCUGUUUUUGACAACAAGAAGGCCAUCAGAGGAGGGAUUCCUGUUGUAUUCCCUAACUUUGGCCCUUGGGAACUAGGCCCACAGCAUGGCUUUGCCAGAACCAGUAAAUGGAAGGUAGAAAAAGAACCUGUGGCAGAUAAAGAUGGAAAUGUGACAGCAGUGCUGAGUUUGGAAGAUGAUGAUAUAACCAGAGCAUUGUGGGACUACAGGUUCAAGUUGACAUACACUUUGACGCUAUCUGAAGACUCAUUUGGAAUGAAGUUUCAAGUAGAGAACAAAGAUAAUAAACCCUUUGACUUCACCUGUUUGCUGCAUACUUACUUCAGAACAUCAGAUGUUGUAAAGACAGAUGUGCUUGGGCUUGGCAACCUGCAGUACAUAGAUAAGGUAAAAGGAGGCCAAACAUUCCAGCAAGUAGACGACCCAAUUAUAGUGGAAGAGAAUGUGGACAGAAUCUACCUGAAUACCCCAAAUGAAAUUCUCAUAAAAGAUAAAGAAGAUGGGACCACUGUGAAGCUAACAAAGGAUAACUUCCCUGAAAUUGUUUUAUGGAACCCAUGGAAAGAGAAAGCAGCAGCCAUGGGAGACUUUGGGGAUGAAGAGUAUCCAAAUAUGAUCUGCGUGGAAGCAGGUUAUGUUCACAAGCCUUACACAUUGCAACCAGGCUCUGUCUUUGAGGCAUCACAGACUCUGACUGUUGUGUAACUGCAAUACCUGAAGCAGCAUCUAAGGCAUUGGAAUAUGUUAAAGACCAAAAUUAUAUAUAUAUAUAUUCCAGUAAUGGUUCAAUGAGCCACAUAUUUUCAGUAUUAUGUAUACUUAACUUACCUAAGUCAGUCUUCCUAAAUCUAGUUUAACUUAUACACAUAAGCAAGUACAGUUGCAAGUUGAUUAUAAGGGGUAUAGAAAUUGCUUGUGAUUGUUGUGGACUUGUAACACUUUUGGGGAUAAAGUGCUAAAGUGGGUCUGUAACACUUUUGGGGAGUUAAGUUCUAACGUGGGCAUGCCAGCUUCAUUUGGAAUUGUGCAAUGGGAGUAGUAGAAGUGGGGUUGCUACUUAUUAAAGGUUAUUAAUGUUUUGGUUAUUAUUAAUGCUAAUAUACACGCACACACAACUCUUUGGAUGUGACAUGGAGUAUAGUGAGGAUGAGUGGGAAACAAAAUUUAAUUAUUGUAGGAAAUUAUUUAUUUAUUGUGAGAUGGCAUUUUAAGGAAUAGGUGCUUGUAAAACAUACAGUUUUGCCUUUGGGCCUAUUUUUGUGCAAAAUAGCUGUUAUUGAUAUACAAUGUAGGCAAUUAAUGCAGUAUAUUUCAUUGCAUUUCUAAUGCUUUUAUUUCAUUUCUAAGGAAUGGUUUGAGCAUUCACUCUUUACUUACCAGAUGUGUCUAUAUUUAUUUUUUCAUAUUUAUUGCCUGCCAUCUGCAUUACAUUUGUAAACUUUUCAGCUUUACCUUUUAGUUUAUAUAUAACUUUUACAUAAACUUCUCUGCUAGACAUGUUUAUAAUCUGUCUAAAUACAUCAUUAUUUAAGUACCAUGAACAGUUCCACCUAUUGAACCCGCUGAAAGCAAAAGUCAGUAAGAAAUAUUUUUUUUAAAUUAACAAGGUUAUCUCCUUUAAAAUAAUAUGAUUAUUAAUUUUAUUUAUUUAAUUUUGUUAACUGUUUUUAAUUACCUUUACAUGUGUUAUUACACAUGAAAAAAUAUUUGUUGCUAUACUAUACUGACAUCAAAGACAUUAAACAUUUCUAGGACGUACUAGUAUAUGUACAUGCAGGUAUAUAUUUCUGACUAAUAUUUUACAUUCCUCUGUAUCUGUGAGCUGAGAUAUCUAUAUGUUUUAUAUAUAAAAUAUGCAAAUAAACAUAAUGUCUACAUAUAAGAAAA